AUGGCUAAAGUAGAACCUCCACUUUUCAUACUUCCUAAAAAGCGUAAUGGAAAGAAACCAAACCCUGUAGCAGGCCAUGUUGAUCACAUUAUUACCGUUCAGGGAGCGGCAGAAAACGAAUUGCCGACAAAAUACAAAAAUGGUUUAUCUCCGGUUACUGAACACGUAGUAAAUGGCAUCAUACAUUCCACUAUGGAGGGACUCAAAUCAAACAUGAAGAUUAACUUGCCAAUAAUUAAUGAUGUAAACGACGAAUUUACAAACGACUCUGCCCCUCAAAAUGAUCAAAAGACACUAAGAAAUGGCUAUCAACCGCUAUCCACUAUUCAUGGCAGUCGUGAAAUUAUUGAUCUAUCACCAAUAUAUGAAAAUUCCUCAGAUGCUUGCUCAAGUCAUGGCGACUUGAAGGAAAUGAAUGAGAAUGAAUUACAACGCAGUUGUAAAGUUCUAAACAGUGAAAAUUAUGAAAGUUCAUGUCCGACACCUAAUAGCCUAUCACAAACACAAUCAGAAAACAGUUUUGAAAUGGGCCCACUUACCGACAGCCUUAAAAACAGUGCUAAAAGGCGUAAGAGAGUUAAUAUUGUCGCCGGUAUAGUUGAAACCGAUAAUACUGACACAGAAAUUACAGCUCUGAGAGUGGAAUCCGAAGGUUCGAUAUCACCGGAAUGUUCUUUGUCGGAAAACAAAGAUGGUUAUUUGACUAUGACUGGCACAAUUAAGAGAGGAAAGAAAAAGGGGCAGAAUGUGGAUGUAAAACUUAAUAUAUCACGAGAGGAGCUGGAAAUUAUUGAAGCUGCGAUUGUGGCUGAUGAGUAUAACAAAAUGGAUGUAUCUAAAUGCUCCUUAUACAACGGGCCCCAUAUCUUCAUAUUCACUCUCAUCUGUAUACCAUUUGUAGCCAUAAUAUCUGCCACAUACUCCUUCUAUAUAGGUACUAUGGCUUGGUACAACAUUUUUACUCAUGUCACCGAAGAUUUAAGCUGUAUCAAGAAAGUGUUUUUAGCACCGCUCGUGAUAUUGUCUUAUCCAUUUUUGAUAGUAAUUUUUACAGUCAUCCUCGGAUUGUAUGCUGGUAUCGCACAACUAACAUUCAGCGGAACAAACUGGUGGAAGGAUGUAUCCGAUUUUGAGAAGGGAUUUUACGGUUGGCUUUGUAAUAGUCUAGGUAUGUCUGAAUGUAGUCCUUACGAAGUUGUCGUUCUAAUGGAUGUCAAGCAGUAG